CCCAUAUCUACAGCAACGGCCACGGCAGCCACCAUUGCGCGAGUUUUCUCUCCUUCCUCUUUCACAUUCCUUUGCUGCCAAAACUUCCCUCGCUUUCUCCCUUCUCCUUUCCCAGGUUCAACUUUUGCUUCACGAACCCGUGAUCCUUUCCCUUGCUCAUCGGAUCCUCCUGUUAGGACGCUCCUUCUCUUGUCUACCUACCGCUAGACUUGCGCAUCAUAGCCACUUCCUACACGAACUACACAUCCCCCACCAUGGCUGACAUUAAGGUUGAUGUAUUGGUUAUCGGCGCUGGCCCGACCGGUCUUGGUGCUGCGAAGCGCCUGAACCAGAUUAACGGCCCCUCAUGGCUGCUUGUCGAUUCCGCCGAGAAGGCUGGUGGUCUUGCCGGCACCGACACUACUCCCGAGGGCUUCCUCUACGAUGUCGGCGGCCACGUCAUCUUCUCCCACUACAAAUACUUCGACGACUGCAUCGAAGAGGCGCUCCCCAAGGAGGAUGACUGGUUCACUCAUCAGCGCAUCUCUUACGUCCGCUACAAGGGCCUCUGGGUCCCCUACCCCUUCCAGAACAACAUCUCCAUGUUGCCCAAGGAGGACCAGGUCAAGUGCAUGAAUGGCCUCAUCGACGCUGCCCUCGAGUGCCGCGUCGCAAACACCAAGCCCAAGGACUUUGACGAGUGGAUUCUGCGUAACUGUGGUGAGGGUGUUGCCGACAUCUUCAUGCGCCCUUACAACUACAAGGUUUGGGCUGUCCCCACGACCAAGAUGCAGUGCCAGUGGCUCGGAGAGCGUGUCGCCGCCCCCAACCUGAAGCUCGUCACCGAGAACGUCGUCUUGAACAAGGUCGCCGGUAACUGGGGCCCCAACGCUACCUUCAAGUUCCCCGCCCGCGACGGAACCGGUGGUAUUUGGAUCGCUGUCGCCAACACCCUCCCCAAGGAGAAGACGCGCUACGGCCAAAAGGGCACCGUCGAGAAGGUUGACGCCGACAAAAAGGUCGUCACCCUCGCCGACGGUACCACCGUCCAGUACGGCAAGCUCAUCUCGACGAUGAACGUCGACCAGCUCGUCGAGCGCAUGGGCAACCAAGAGCUCGUCAGCCUGUCCAAGGGCCUGUUCUACUCGUCGACCCAUGUCAUCGGUGUCGGUAUCCGCGGCGAGCGUCCUGAACGCAUCGGUGACAAGUGCUGGCUGUACUUCCCGGAGGACAACUGCCCCUUCUACCGCGCUACCAUCUUCUCUAACUACUCCCCUCACAACCAGCCCGAGGCCGGCAAGAAGCUGCCCACGCUGUACUUGGCCAAUGGCCAGAAGGCCGCGUCGACCGAGGCCCAGGAAGGCCCCUACUGGUCCAUCAUGCUCGAGGUCUCCGAAUCCUCGAUGAAGCCUGUUGAUCAGGAGAAAAUCCUUGAGCAGUGUAUUCAAGGCCUCAUCAACACCGAGAUGAUCAAGCCCGAGGACGAGAUCGUCUCCACCUACCACCGCCGCUUCAACCACGGCUACCCGACUCCCUCACUCGAGAGAGAGGGUGUCCUCAAGGACCUCCUCCCCAAGCUUCUCGACCAGGGCAUCUACUCCCGUGGCCGCUUUGGCAGCUGGAGAUACGAGGUUGGCAACCAGGACCACUCGUUCAUGCUCGGUGUCGAGGCUGCGGACAACAUUGUCAACGGCGCCGUCGAGCUCACGCUCAACUACCCCGACUUCGUCAACAGCCGCAAGAACGAGGAGCGCCGCCUGGCCCAGACAUUUGCCUUUGGUGCCCUGCCCUCGCACAGCAAGUAAGCUUGCGGCAUGAUGGGAGGAAGCAAACAAACUACACAAAAAAAAACCUGCAUUGAUUUUUUUUCCGUCUUUUUGCUACACGGCAUAAAAGCAUGAGCAUGACCAAUGGGAAGAGGCCAGCUCUGGCAAAAAGAGGAAGCUUUGGCUAAGCAUAUAAGAAUACCUGGGAGUUUUACGUUGUUGAAUUGGGGGGAAAUUACUUCGGUGCGCCAUACCCACGAUGAUGUUGAAGAGUCGUGCGCAGCUGCAGGCGUGGGGGCCGACGGGCCCUUUAAGAAGGGAUACCCAUAUAGAGUUAUAGAUAUUGACCUUUGGCACAAC